CCAUAUAGAUAGAAGACUAAACAAAUUCCAUACGCUCAUCCAGUAUCCCUUUUACUACUUACAUCUUGUUACCUUGUUUCCUUGUUUUCAUUGUAUAUAUAUUUAUUAUGAAGGCGUCUUGGAUUCUCUCAAUCAUCGCGGCGACUCCCGUGGCCCUGGCCCUCGGCCAGGAGUCUUCUCUGGACAGUGCAGAGCUUAUCAUCAGGGCCACUCAAAAAAGGGUUGUAACGUUUGAUUGUGAUCGAAUGCCAGAGGUUUGUCACAAUAUGUGCUUUGCUGUCCACUGCAAACACAAGCCUAAGCAACUUACUUGGGAUAAGCCUCUCUACGAUGUCGAGAGAAAGCGUAGGCUGUCAGCAGGCUGUGGCCAGAACAACCGCUGCAGCGAGAAGAAGUUGAAGAAAAAGGGGUAUAACUGUGAUGAGUACCCCUUCGCCACGACCAAGCAGGCAGAUAGAGGUGGCCAGAUCAACCGCUGCGUGCCAAGAAGCGAGAAUAGCCGCCAAGGGGCAAUCCUGGGCCAGUUAUACCGAUCCAGAGGAAUAUAUAAGAAAACUGGGUGUAAUGGCAGGAAGAAUUGCAGCUUCACGGUUGCUUUUAAAGGCAGCAAGACCAAGACGAUCGGCCCCUGCAAGACGAAGCCCGACUGCAAGGCCGACAGCAACCAGUGGAACAAGAGCGGCCCACUCAAGCGCGAGGAGCCCCAAAGGCCGCAGACCGUGGCAGAGUACAAGCUCCGCCAUAGUGGUGACACCAUCACAUCUUCCGAAGACUUACAGCCCGGCGAUCUAGUAUACCACAUUGUGGAGCGUAAUGCUACUCUUGCCGAGAAGCAGUUCAAUGACCACAUUUUCGACGAGUCCGCUGGGCUUGACCAGUAUGAUUACAUGUCUGAUAAUAUGGACAUAGAAGAGGAUGAGAUCCUUGAUAAGAUCUAGUGCGAUAUAUGAUAUAUAUUAUAUAUAGAAUUAGACUCUGUUUGGUAGAGGCGAGGCUUGGAAAGGUUUUAAGUAUCUCUUGUAUAUAUUUCCUUGUACAUAUGUAUUCACCGACUAAGUUUGGGCAUAUAUUUUGCAUACCUUUUGUAUAUACAUAUUACAUACCUUGAUGGUGUGUGUAUAUUAUAUCAGGAAACAUUCAGAGCCGGUUAACUUAGAUACCUAUCCUAGUGACUAUGAAGAA